UUUUAGAAAAACCAAAAGAAAAAGUAAAUAAAAUAAAGUCGGCGAGUCCGGCACGGCAUCGAUUCCCUCCCACUCAUCAUCUAUCUAGUUGCGUCCUUUAUCUCAACUCUUUAUUACUAGGCCGGAACAAAGCCCAUUAUAAAGCCCAACUUACUGGAGCGUGUGUCAUAAGUUCUGGAACCGUCGAAAGCAGAGCCGAAUUCUCUCCUCCUAUGGCGAUGAGAAAACGUAAGCAGCAGGUCACGGAGGAAAACCUAACCCUAACUGUAUCCGGAUCAUCCAGUGAACGAUGUGCAAUGGAAUACUUUGCUCCGAUCCCUGUUGAUCUCUUCAUCAGAAUCUUGUCGAGGUUGUUAUCCGCCAGGUCUAUGGCUCAGUGUCGUUGUGUAUGUAAGCUCUGGUCGUCCAUAAUUCGCCGUCAAAAUUAUAAUCAGUUGUUCCCGAUCAAUUCUCCGGAUCCACCGAGGCUCCUUUUCUCCUUCGUACUUGGAGAUCAACUCUACUUCUGCUCGGCACCUCAAAAACUUGAUAACAACAACAACAACUCUACUGUUGUAAAAAACUCUACUGUUGUUACAGCCACGUUUCAUCGCACAUUUCCCCGUAGCACAGUUUUCUCUCAAACCUAUCGCCCUGUUCGUGGAAUUGUUUGUCACCAACUUGAGAAAGAGAAUCAUGUCAUGGCUGUGAUCUCUAACCCCAUCACAGGAGAGUCCGUAGCAACACCCAAAGUGAAAACGUAUUUUGGGUAUGAUCCGAUUGGAAAUAAAUUCAAGGUAUUGUGCUUAACUUGGUCUCAUCGUCGAACACUUGAGCAUCAAGUUCUCACAUUAGACACUGGAAGAAAACUCUUGUGGAGAAAGAUCCCAUGUUGCAUAUCUUAUUCUCCUCUAGAUGAUAAUGGGAUAUGCAUCAAUGGUGUUUUGUAUUACACAGCAUCUGUCGCAAAACGUAUGAUCGUCUGCUUUAAUGUUAGGUCCGAGACAUUCGAUUUUAUAAUCAGGAGACCUGAGAGGUUAUCUUUUAUGGACGUGACUCCCUACUCUGAGCAUGUAUCCGCUGUUGGAGUGACUGAUGAUCAUAGAGAGGAAAUUGUCUUUUCACCAAACUAUGCACCAAAAGGUUCCUUUUACAUUUCUUACUACAAUCUCCAGAGCAACACUAUGUACUCUUUCAAGUGCUCACUUCUUUGCUUCUAUAAUGAAAGUUUGAAGCCAUAA